AUGGAAGAGAUCGAACGGAGCGUGAAAACGGCAAGAUUGUGCAAGGGAACAGGCAAGAACAAACGAAAUGUGAGCUUGUAUGUUAUUGCUCGUGCUCCGCUUCUCACCAAGUGUGAUGAACCUAAUCUACUACUAAGUUCAUACGGGGAAGCGAUGAGAGAACAGGGAGCGUCCGAAGCAUCUGCUGCAUCUGCUGAGGAGAAAGAGUCCAGUGGAGAGUACAAAGAGGAUCUGAGCCGUGGUCCUGCAAGACUGGAAAAUGUAUUGAAACAUAGCCUCAAUAUUUACAAUUACGUGGAGGAACAGAAAAAAACAAGACAAGGAAGGAUAUGA